GCUUGUGUUAAGAGAAAAGAAACAAAAACUACGCCAAUCACCAAAAAAAACAUGGCCCACAUCUUCUCCCUCGCAACCGCGCCUCCACCGCCCUACACCUCUUCAAAACGCACAACAACCGCCCAGACCAAAUUCCCAGACACACCCUUCUUCACAGGCUUCAACAAGCCCUCCCGCCUCGAAGCCGAUAUCCACCAGCUCGAAACCACAGGCACCAUCCCCACAGACAUCAAUGGCACCUUCUACCGCGUGCAACCCGACCACCGCUUCCCGCCAAUCUUCGAAGAAGACAUCCACUUCAACGGCGAUGGCAGCGUCUCGGCAUUCCGCUUCGCCAACGGGCACGUCGACUUCAAACAACGCUACGUCCACACGGAUCGCUUCACCGCGGAAACAAAAGCCCGCCGCGCACUGCUCGGGAAGUACAGGAAUCCGUUCACGGACAACGAGAUGGUGAAGGGGAUCGUGCGGACGGCAGCGAACACGAAUGUCGUGUUCUGGAGGGGGAUGUUGUUGGCGAGUAAGGAAGACGGACCGCCGUUUGCUAUGGAUCCCAUUUCGCUUUCCACGAUCGGGAGGUACGAUUUCGAAGGGCAGGUCACGAGUCCGACGUUUACUGCGCAUCCGAAGUUUGAUCCGCGGACGGGGGAGAUGGUGGGGUUUGGGUAUCAGGCUGGAGGCGAUGGCGCGGAUGGGAGCCGCGAGAUUGUCGUGUAUACGAUUGAUAAGGAUGGGGUGAAGACGGAGGAGUGUUGGUAUGAGGCGCCGUUUUGUGGGAUGAUUCAUGAUUGUGCCAUCACGGAAACUUAUUUGGUGUUGCCGUUGACGCCGUUGAAGAUUGAUGUGGAGAGGAUGAAAAGAGGGGGGAAUUGCUUUGCGUGGGAUCCCGAGGAGGAUCAGUGGUAUGGGGUUGUGCCGCGACGUGGUGGGAAAAGGGAGGAUAUUAGGUGGUUUCGCGCUGAUAAUGGCUUCCACGGUCACAUCGCAGGCGCCUACGAGACCCCCGACAACAAAAUAAUCAUUGACCUAACCGUCGCCUCCUCAAACGUCUUCUACUUCUUCCCUCCAGACAAUGUCCCCACAUCUCCAACACCAACAUCCCUGCCUCAACGCAACAAACUCAUCUCAGACACCUACCGCUGGACUCUCGACCCAUCCGCGCCAACCCACACCCGUAUAACGCCCACGAAAACCUACGGAAUCAACGGCGAAUUCUCACGCAUCGACGACCGCUUCGUAACGAAACCCUACAAGCACUUCUGGCAAUGCAUAAUAGAUCCCUCGCGCCCCUAUGACAUCGCGAAAUGCGGGCCCCCAGCUGGAGGGUUAUUCAAUGUGCUCGGGCAUUUCGAUUGGAGUACAGGCGGAAAAGACGACGUGUUCUGGGCAGGUCCAACGAGUACGUUCCAAGAGCCGGUCUUUGUGCCCAAAGAAGGGAGUGAGGGAGAAGGUGAUGGUUACAUCGUUGCGCUGCUAAACCAUUUGGAUGUUCUGAGGAACGAUAUUCUCAUCUUUGAUGCAUUGGAAUUGGCCAAGGGUCCUUUGGCUGUGGUACAUCUGCCGGUGAAGCUGAAGUUAGGGCUGCAUGGGAACUUUGUACCAGAGGUUGAGAUCGAAGAGUGGCUAGAGAAAAGGAAAGAGGGCGGGAGCGUAGGGCCAGUGGAAGAAGCAAAAGAACCAUUGGAGUGGCAGAAGAAGAUGGUUCAAGAAGGCAAUAUAGAUGCAGAGAAGAAUUCCUUGAACGGAAUUGGGGGAUGGGGUGUUGGAAAAUGA